AUGGUCGGCCCUGAGUGGCACAGAAGGUUUUCAGACGGAAAGACCCGUGUGGCAAUAGCUGUUGGUACACAUUAUACCACUCCCCAUCUUUCGGCUUAUGGUGCAUCGGCCAACUCGACAAGCACCGAUCGACAACUAAGGAAUAUUCAAUACGACAUCAACCCUGGCAACGCGGCAAGGCCUUUUGACGCGCUCAGGAAACCGUCUGUCGGCAGGCAGCUGAAACUUCGGCACUUCGGAAACGGAUACGCACAACCAACACGGCAAUUGGCAUCGAAGCAAACAAGCUAG